AUGGGAGAGUACUCUAUAGCACUUUUAUCUUACGAAAAAGCACUUGAAAUUUAUCAAAAAACUCUUCCUUCAAGUCAUCCUGAUUUGGCUACUUCAUACAAUAACAUUGGUAGUGUGUAUAACGCCAUGGGACAGUAUUCAAAAGCACUUUCAUUUUGUGAAAAAGCACUUGAAAUCUGUCAAAAAACUCUUCCUUCAAAUCAUCCUUCAGUGGCUACUUCAUACAACAACAUUGGUGGUGUGUAUGACAACAUAGGAGAGUACUCUAAAGCACUUGCAUCUUACGAAAAAGCACUUGAAAUUCAAGAAAAAACUCUUCCUUCAAAUCAUCCUGAUUUGGCUACUUCAUACAACAACAUCGGUAGUGUGUAUCACAGUAUGGAAGAGUACUCGAAAGCGCUUUCAUUUUACGAAAAAGCACUUGAAAUUGAAGAAAAAACUCUUCCUUCAAGUCAUCCUGAUUUGGCUACUUCAUACAACAACAUCGGUUUGGUAUAUAAAAAUAUGAAAGACUAUUCGAAAGCACUAUCAUAUUAUGAAAGUGCUCUGGACAUAUUACAACGUGCAUUACCUCCAACUCAUCCUAAUAUAAAAACUGUGAAGAACAAUAUUGAAAUUCUAAAAAAGAACUUCUAA